GUUUUGUUUGGCUUGCGCAUUUCAAAGCCUGCUUCACGCUAAAGACCUUCCAGCAUCAAUGGGUGCUAGCUCAAGUGCACGGGCUGAUGGGGAAGGCCUGUUGGACUUCAACAAAGGAUUGUCGGGUUUCGGAACCCUGCACGGAAGCCCCCGAACUCCAGAAGCUGGAUGAACUCAGAAUUGCCGUUUGCACUCGUGCGAGCGCAACCAAGAUGAUACCUGAUUUGUGAGGCCACAGGCUCAAAGAUGGGUCUUCUAGAAAGUCAAGCGAGCUGAAGGGAGAAUGUUGGUCUAUGCGCCGGCUAUCAUUGGGUCGAUAAGAUAAGGUUCAUCCAUUUCCGAUUCAGCUGCCGAGGUGCAGAGGUUGAUGAGAAAGGCAAGGAGCUAAGGAUGGGCUCAGAGCUCAUGAAAGGCUGGUUGUGGUUACUCAAGUUGGGAUGCGAAAUGGAUUCGGAGAUCAGGCUUGCAGCUUCAGAACCUUCAAGUCUUGCAUUUGUUUCGAUAUCCAGUGGUUCUGACUGAGUCCACUGGUCCCUAAACCGAGAUGGGAACACGCUUUCCUCAGAUCAUCCGAGGCCAGUCCGCGCUGCACCGCGCCGCCCUCUCCGGUGAGAUGGAGGAGGUGGAUCGCAUUGUGGCUUCAGGAGCCGAUAUUGAGGCCGCAGACAAGGAAGGCCACACGACUUUGCGUUUGGCGGUGGACAUGGGCCACCUCCACGUGGUCGAACGGCUCCUGGAAGCCAAGGCCCACUUGGAGGCGAAGGGUGGCGCAUACCGCCAAACUCCACUGCAUUUGGCGGCGGAGAAGGGCCACUGUGAAGUGGUGGACCGACUGCUGGCGGCGAAGGCCGCUGUUGAGGCACAGGAUAAGUACCGCCGGGGCCCUGGGAACACAGACUCUGAUGAUGCUCUUGGAGCUGCCGUCAGU